GUCAAUCUCCUCCGGAGCAUGCUGCACAGCCACUCAUUUGUCCUGACUAAAUAGUAGAAUCUAUCUCUCAGCGAUUCUUUUCUCCGCCCCUUCCCAACCAGCCCGCCCAAUCGAUUUUGUAAGAUCGGCUAAUUCAAAGGGUUAAUCUGGUCCGAAGUUGUCGGAACGAAUCGUUUGCUUUAUCGAACAAAGCUAGGGGGUCUUGGUUGGCCCCCCUCUUUUCAACCAUUAUAGCUGGCGUCGACCCGCUUUGCGAUACGAACGGACACGAAGAAAGAACGCAGGCAGCGGAAAUGCAAAAGAGAAGAGCAAAGAUUCCAGACCCAGAGCAUGCAAUCAAAAAUCUGUUGAAUGAAGGUAUAUUCUCAGCCACUAGUUAGAAGGAAAUCCCUUGACUUCGCUUAUGCCCUUAUGCAGUAAAGAAAGCUUUGAGGCGGGCUAAGAUUCCAUUCGAAGUAACGUAACAGGAUUCGAUGUUGCACCAUCUUCAACUCUUCCUGGAUCCAGGGUUUUUCGAGAAAAGGUCCCAUCCUUCAAUAUCAUGAUUGGGCCGACUCGACCAGGCCAGAUCAUGAGUGAAUAGAAAAUCGAAAACGUACAUAGCUGUUCCAGCUGAAAUACUUGGAAUAAUUCUACCACUUCUACUAGGAGUAGCCUAUUUAGUGCUAGCUGAACGUAAAGUAAUGGCUUUUGUGCAACGUCGAAAGGGUCCUGAUGUAGUGGGAUUGUUCGGAUUGUUACAACCUCUAGCAGAUGGUUCGAAAUUGAUUCUAAAAGAACCUAUUUCACCAAGUAGUGCUAAUUUCUCCAUUUUUAGAAUGGAUCCAGUUGAUACAAUUAUGUUAAGUCUGGUCGCACGGGCCGUAGUACCUUAUGAUUAUGGUAUGGUAUUGUCAGAUCCGAACAUAGGGCUACUUUAUUUGUUUGCCAUAUCUUCGCUAGGUGUUUAUGGAAUUAUUAUAGCAGGUCGGUCUAGUAAUUAGGGGGCGGCCGUUCGGUCGCCUAUGAUACUAGGACCAAUAGGUCAAAAAUGGGUUUGUGCCGCAGGUGUUGAACGAUCUACUCUACACAGGUGUGGGCUUACAAGGGCUAGGGCUUAUAAACCCUUUCUUUCAU